CAGAAACAGUCGAAGAAAAGUCAGCAAAGGUAGAACUUCAAAAAAUAAACAAUUCAUCUAAUUUAUGUAUAAGAAUAAUUAAAAACUUUCGCUUAAAAAUGGAUAUUAAUGGUGUCAGCUCGCCAAAUCCAAUUGGUGGAAAUGAUAUUCGUGUGCAGGCAUCCAAAACAUUCGGUGAUGAAAAGGCCAAUGCGACAGUAGGCGCCUUUGCUGACGGCAGCACUUUGGGCGGCCCAGUGGUGACGGGCACUUUUGCGCAGGCAAGUGCCAACGGCCAUGGCUUAUCGGUGCAACGCGCGCAUACGCCCGGCAUUGGCAGCACCUUAUCUGCUGGUGCUCAUGCAAAUCUCUUUAAGAAUGAUACACAUGCCGUCAGCGCUACUGCUAUGCACUCUCGAACACAAUUGCAAAAUGAUUUGAAAUUCGAUCGUUCCAGCAUCGGUGUGGGCUAUAAUCACGCACAGGGUCAUGCCGCCACAGUGACCGCUUCUCGGAUACCACAAUUCAAUAUGACUACCAUCGAUGCGACUGCUAAGGCAAAUUUGUGGGCCUCGCCGAGUCGUGCGACCACAUUGGAUAUGACUGGCAACGCCACGCAUCACUUGAGCGGACCAUUGGCAGGAAAGAAUAAUUUUUGUGGCGCUUUGGGGUUUACGCAUCGUUUUUGAAUGCCAAGCUCUUUGGCCUUGAAAUGUUUGUGAAUUUUAAAUGAUCUGUGGUGGGGCAGUGGUCACGAUUCGGGGCUUUUUCAUACAAUAUUUAAAAUUUGUUUUUUUUUUUGUAAUGGGUUUUAAAAGGGUUGCCACCUGUUGAAAAAUGUAAUCCUAUAAGUACAAUAAAGUUUUACAAUAUGGAUGUCAAUCGAAAGAGUUAUAAGAAAGCUUUGUUUCGAAAUAAUUUUUAAACCGAGUUGCCACCUGUUAAAAGGUUAAAUUAAAUUUAAUCAAUAAAUAGAAUGCAAUAUUUCAAAAAGAUCUCGAGUCAAACAAAAAAUUUUUAUUUAGAAAUUGUUUUCAAAGAUAUUAGCACCUGUCUAGAUGUGUAACAAAAUUUAAUCUGUUACUUGAAAAAAGCUUUAUUGCGUAAACAGUUUUGGAGAGCGUGUCACUUGUUUAAAAAAUAAAAUUAAACUAAAUGAACAUUUGCAAAAUAGACAGCAACGAUAAAUAAAAUAUAAGAAGGAAAUGAAAAGUGUUGUUUUGACAGCAGCCGAAAACAACGGUUAUUUUUUCGAUGUUAUGAAAGUCUGGGGCAGAAUAUUGUUGUAGAAAAAAGCUAUCAAUGUUGCUUUAAUCUUCGGACCUCCUA